AUGGCUUCGGCUCAACACGUGAUCGAUCCGAAUGCGGAUACCAUUAUCAUCUUGCGAUCACCAGGAAACCCAGAAUACUUCGCCUUGUGGGACAACUCGCCAUUCGAGAAUCUCGAUGCACUCGCUCAACUUCCUUUCUGCCUGGCGGCCGAGGACGUAGAGACCACGAAUACGAACGACACUACAGUUCAUCAGGCACCUACCGAGGGUAUCACAGUUACAAGCUUCGAGCAUACGAUCCCGGUCGUUCCCGUUGGGUCGGUACUGUACUGUGUUUCUUCGCGUCAUCUUACCCUGGCUUCUCCGGUGUUCAGGAAGAUGCUAUCGCCAGACGGUUUUCGUGAGGGAUACAAGAAGCCAGAUGGCCGCCACUACAUCGUAGUAGAGGACUGGGAAGAGGAGGCUUUCCUUGUCUUCCUCAACAUGCUACAUCUACGGGGUCGUAAGAUCCCACGCCGCGUCAGUCUCGAGCUAUUGGCCAAGGUCGGCAUACUCGUAGACUACUAUGAUUCAGAGAGGUACCCUCUGAGUAUUGUCGUGAUCUUCUACUUCAUCUUUGGGUCUCUUAUGUCUUCCGAGACGAAAAUCACUUCCAGCUUGCUACGGAUGUUGCAGCUGCGUACUGCGACGAGGGCACUCUUCGGACAAUUGGCCUUCCUAUACCACAGGAAGUUUCAGCAAGUAUUGAACGUCGACGAACGGACAGUAUCGAGGAACGGAUCUCUCAAAUUACUGAUAAUCUUUACAAGUAUCAAUUUGGUCAAGGAGCAUGCUCGAUAG